AUGCAACGGCGCCACGGGACUAAGUCUUCGCAGCGUCACUUCUACCACUCCCUCAACGCUCUGGUCGAGUGGCAACUUCAGUGUAAGCUACUUCGAAGUGGACCUAUUGACCAAGUCUCCGAGAGCAGAAGCCAACUUCUUACUGCACCCACCCGUCCUGACUACGACAUACUUGCAUUUCAGAAUCCCAACGGCGUCUCGUCUACUGGCGGAAAUUCAUCCACCGGCGGUACGACGACUGGACUGGCCGACAUUUCUGGCGUCACCCCGCUAGGGAUGGGAAAUGGCGAAAGAGAAGGAAACCCUGGCACAGUCGACGGGACUGAAGGACCACCCGGCAUCUCUGAUGGUUGUGGCGUCACCUCGCCAGGGAUGGGAAAUGGCGAAAGAGAAGGAAACCCUGGCACAGUCGACGGGAAUGAAGGACCACCCGGCAUGUCUGAUGGUUGCAUACUUUCCAUCAUCAUCAUGCUAGGCAUUGGUGUCAUCAUAAACGGGUCUUCUGUGAUCGUCGGUGGCAUCGGCGCGGUCGUGAUGGGACCGGUAGGCCCAAUCGGCAUCGUCGGCACUGGUGUCAUCGUCAUGAUAAUGGGGCCAGGGGCCAUGGACCUUCUCGGCAUCAUUGUCUUCAUUGGCUUCAUGGGCCUUGGGCGCCGAGUACUGUCCGGCAUCCUGCUUUCACAACACUUGAUGCCCCGACGCCCAGUUCUCGACUUGCAGAGAGACACUCUGCAGCCAAAGCGACGGGCGCGGCUACAGUUGCGCCGAAUGCGGCCGAAGAAGCGCUUGUUCGCAACGCACUUGCACGGACAGGACCUCAUGAAUGUGCGAGAAGCAGUAGAGGCAUGGUCUGCAUCCACAGACAGGGAACAGGCUGUGCAAACCAGAAGGGCAAUCAAGAAAAAGAGUUUAGACGUCAUCGUGGCGAGUUAG